AUGGCAAUUGCUUUAGACAGGAUAAGUAUCCUUCGGGAUGCCAGGGAUUUUAUUGUGCUUGUGGCUUUAUUGUGCAUUGGGAGUAUAACAAGAAAACCCCACAGCACUGGCAGCUCCGAACGGAUUCAGCUCUCAGGAAUGUACAAUGUUCGAAAAGGGAAAAUACAUUUGCCAGUCAACAGAUGGACAAGACGCCAAGCUAUCCUUUGUGGAACAUGCCUAAUUGUUUCAUCAGUAAAAGAAAGCCAGACUGGAAAGAUGCAUGUUCUCCCUUUAAUCGGUGGAAAAGUGGAAGAAGUGAAAAAGCACCAGCACUGUUUAGCAUUUAGCUCCUCUGGACCUCAAAGCCAGACCUACUACAUUUGUUUUGAUAACUUCACUGAAUAUUUGCGAUGGCUUCGACAAGCAUCAAAGGUUGCAUCACAACGCAUAAGCUCAGUGGAUCUUUCAUGCUGCAGCCUGGAACACCUGCCUGCCAACCUGUUUUAUAGCCAAGACCUUACUCAUCUCAAUUUAAAGCAGAACUUCCUGAGGCUAAACCCCAGCCCAUCCACAAGUAGAGCGCUUAGUGAACUACAAAGAUUCACCAAAUUGAAGAGCCUUAACCUAUCCAAUAAUAAUUUAGGAGACUUCCCAGUGUCAGUCUGCAGUAUCCCAACCCUGACUGAACUCAACGUGUCCUGCAAUGCCCUCAGAAGUGUUCCUGCAGUUGUAGGCGAGAUGCACAACUUGCAGACUUUUUUGCUGGAUGGCAACUUUCUCCAGCACCUUCCUGAUGAAUUGGAGCAUAUGCAGCAGCUCAGCUACGUGAGUCUGUCCUUCAACGAGUUCACCAGCAUUCCAGGAGUGCUGGAGAAGCUGACUGCCAUGGAUAAGCUCUGUAUGUCAGGAAACUGCAUCGAUACCCUGAACCUACAAGUGUUAAAAAGGAUGCCUCACAUUAAACACGUUGAUCUAAGAUUGAAUUCCAUUAGGAGAUUGGAGGCCAGUGAAGUAGAUUUUCUGCAUCAUGUGACCCAGCUGGAUCUCAGAGACAAUAAACUUGGGGAGCUGGAUGCAACAGUUUUUAACAAUGUUGAAGUAUUACACUGUGAACGGAAUCAACUGGUAACCCUCAAAAUCAGUGGUUAUUUUCUGAAAGCGCUGUAUGCUUCCUCGAAUGAACUUGUUCACCUUGAUGUGUAUCCAGUUCCAAAUUGCCUGGCUUAUAUGGAUGUUUCUAGAAAUCACCUGGAAAACCUGCCUGACUGGGUAUGUGACAGCAGGAAACUGGAAGUGUUGGAUGUUGGCCACAAUCAGAUACGUGAGCUGCCUGCUCGGUUGUUUUACAAUAGCAGCUUGCGUAAACUGCUGGCAGGACAUAACAUGUUAGGAAGGCUACCAGAUCGGCUUGAGCGAAUGCAAGUGGAGGUCCUGGACGUGCAACACAACCAGCUCCUUGAACUGCCAUCUAACCUGCUUCUGAAAGCAGACAGCCUGAGAUUUCUUAAUGCCUCUGCCAACAAACUGGAAAUGCUUCCUCCAGCCACUCUUUCUGAAGAAACCCAUAGCAUCUUACAGGAGUUGUACUUGACCAAUAACAACCUCACAGAUAAAUGUGUACCCUUGCUAACAGGUCAUCCACACCUGAAAAUUUUGCACAUGGCUUACAACCGCCUGCAGAGCUUCCCUGCCAGCAAAAUGGCCAAGUUGGAAGAGUUGGAGGAAAUUGAUAUUAGUGGGAACAAACUGAAAGCCAUUCCAACAACCAUCAUGAAUUGCAGACGUAUGCAUACUGUAAUUGCUCACUCCAACUGCAUCGAAGUCUUCCCUGAAGUUAUGCAGCUUUCUGAAAUAAAGUGUGUGGACCUAAGCUGUAAUGAACUGAGUGAAGUCACAUUGCCUGAAAACCUGCCUCCAAAACUACAAGAGCUGGACCUGACUGGAAAUCCCAGAUUAGCCUUGGAUCACAAAACCCUAGAGCUGCUGAACAAUAUCCGUUGCUUCAAGAUCGACCAGCCCUCGGCCGGUGACGCCUCGGGAGCGCCGGCGGUGUGGAGCCACGGUUACACCGAAGCGUCGGGCGUCAAGAACAAGCUAUGUGUGGCAGCACUUUCAGCCAAUAACUUCUGUGACAACAGGGAGGCACUUUAUGGUGUUUUUGAUGGUGACCGCAAUGUGGAAGUGCCGUAUCUGCUGCAGUGCACCAUGAGUGAUAUCUUAGCAGAAGAGCUGCAGAAAACCAAAAAUGAGGAGGAGUACAUGAUCAACACUUUCAUUGUUAUGCAGAGGAAACUUGGAACAGCUGGACAAAAACUUGGAGGCUCUGCUGUCCUUUGCCAUAUAAAACAUGAUCCCAUGGACCCUGGUGGAUGCUUCACUCUAACCUCAGCAAACGUGGGGAAGUGCCAAACCGUUCUCUGCCGGAAUGGGAAACCUUUGCCUUUGUCCAGGUGUUAUGUGAUGAGUUGUGAAGAAGAGCUGAAGAGGAUUAAGCAGCAUAAGGCCAUUAUCACAGAGGAUGGCAAAGUGAAUGGUGUGACGGAUUCAACAAGAAUCUUGGGGUACACCUUCCUUCACCCAAGUGUUGUGCCGCGUCCUCACGUCCAGUCCAUCACCUUAACUCCGCAAGAUGAGUUCUUCAUCCUGGGAAGCAAGGGGCUGUGGGACAGCCUCUCGAUGGAUGAAGCAGUGGAUGCAGUCAGAAACGUGCCUGACGCGCUGGCGGCCGCCAAGAAGCUUUGCACUUUGGCCCAGGGUUACGGCUGCAACGACAGCAUCAGCGCUGUUGUGGUUCAGCUUAACGUGACGGAGGACAGCUUCUGCUGCUGUGAGCUGAAUGGGGUCCCACCCCCCAGCCCGGGCAUCUUCCCCCAGUCGGUCAACGUGGUCAUCAAGGACAGGCCGGCCGACGCGCUGGGGAUGCCGUCUUCGAGCAGCGGCAUGGCAUCGGAGAUCAGCAGCGAGAUCUCCACCUCGGAGAUGAGCAGCGAGGUGGGCUCCACGGCCUCCGACGAGCCUCCGCAGGUUGCCAUGAACGAGAGCAGCCCGGCCUACCCGGGGGAGCAGCGCUGCAUGCUGCACCCCGUCUGCCUCUCCGGCUCGUUCCAGCGGCAGCUUUCCAGCGCCACCUUCCGAGCCAAGGAGAAGCAGCUUCUCCAAGUGCCAGUGGAAGCCAGCGAUGAAGGUAUCGUCAUCAGUGCCAAUGAAGAUGAGCCCGGCCUUCCCAGGAAAGCUAAAUACUCUGGCACGGGCACGAUAGGGCGGCGGCGGGGCAACGGUUCUGUGGCGCCACAGGAGAGGAGUCACAACUUAAUUGAGGUUGCAGCGGAUGCGCCGCUUAGAAAAACGGGGGGUUACUUUGCCGCUCCAGCUCAACCCGAUCCCGAUGACCAGUUCAUCAUUCCACCAGAACUUGAAGAAGAAGUCAAGGAGAUUAUGAAGCAGCACCAGGAACAGCAACAACAACAGCAGCAGCAACAGCAGCAGCAGCAACAACAGCAGCAGGACCCGAUGGACCACCUGGCAGACUAUUACGAUACACCACUAUGACCCGCUCUAUUUACUGCGGAGAAAUAAACCAACAAGGAGACUUGAGUGCGGGACCCAGUGGGCUUGCAUUACAGCAGGGGUUUUUCCUUAUCCUAUUCCUUUAUAUACUUCCUUUUCCUUAUCCUGCCACUACAGAUAACUGCAGCUUUUCAGUUUUGUUAGGUUUAAUAUUCAUCGACUUUCUUCUAGGGACGCUUGACCGGUAAAGUUUAAAAUAGUUAACCUUCCCUUAACAUAUCAAGUGUAAAAACAAAAACUAAAAAAAAAAAAAUUAAAAAAAAAAUAAAAAGGUUUAAUAUAUUGCUGAGAAACAGAUGAUGAUGUAAUAUUUUUUAAAAUGGCUCGUUCGUUUUGUUUGAAAAGCAGGGCAGUAGCCAGUGCUAAAUGAUUUAAGUAAUAUUGUAAUACUGUAUUUCUUUGAGAGAAAAGGCUUUUUUGGUCUUGAAAAUGAUAGACAUUUGUAGAAUACGGAGACUAACUCCUAGGAGUUGCUUUACUCUUUCAGGUGACUUAAGUCACUGAGAUUCACUAAUUUUCUCUGAGAGAACAGUUGAUUGGGAAAUUCCUGUAAAUAGCUCAGUGUUGUAUAGUGAUGCUUACAUGUUUUGUAGCCUUGGCAUAAAGGACACAACCUGAACAAUUGACAUUUUUUUCUUAAGCGACUCUUUGGGCCAUGGUCAUGGAGCAUAAUGGACUGAGUGGCUGUGUAGAAGUUAGCUAGAGCCAAGAUGGUAUAGACCAUUUAAAGAAAUCCACUUUUUUCCUCUGGUCUCUUUCUUUCCUUACUUUUACAGACCCAUUUUGUUUGUGUUCCUUACUCUUGCCACAACCAGCAUGAUUGUAUAGAGCUCAUUUGCUGUAGAACAUUUACAUACCAAGAGUUAUAUUAAAGCUGAAUGCACAAAUGAACAUGUCAUAAUUUUUGUUAUAAUAAAUAUGAAAUUUACACCUGA